AUGUCUACACCUCAGAGGCUUGCUUCUCCCAGUAAUGAGGAACGAACGGUCGAACUGCCUGUCGAUCCUCAACGUGGCAUAGGACUUGCAACCGUCGUUUAUAGACGCGACGGCCAUAUAGAAGAUCGACGUUACCACUUCCAAGAUGAUCGUAUUAUCCCAGCAGACAUGGUUGCUAGAAUGACCAGACAUCAAAACACUGAAAGCCAGGAGUUAACGGAUAGUAUCAGCGAAUGCUCAAUGUCUGAGGGUGGAGAGCCCCAGGGACAGGCCAAGGAGACUUGUCAUUGUUACCAGGAUACUGAGAUGGACGAGUCCUCUAAGGUUAUCAAUGGAGAUAUGGUUGAUGGCUUGAAACCCUCAAGUCUUCGGAAGCAUCAUAUGCGUGGAGGCUCGGUGAAGGGAAAUAGCAAGUUGGUCAAUGGCGACAUUGAUAGGCAUGCAUUUCUUGCCUUUUUCUGUCGCGAUUAA